AUGAAGAAUGUUCACAGUCUUGGCUACUGCUUGAUAUUGUCAGUCGAAUACUUGUUGGUGCAUGUUUCCGUCUUGUGGCUGCAGCCAAUAUCUCCACCAUAUCAUUCGAUUAUUCUCCGACCUGCAACCAUGCUUCGAUUAGCUCUGUUGGCGCUCCUUUUCGUUUGUGCAUUUUCUGCUCCGGCUGUCGAAGUAGAAAAGUACGAAGAUAUUCCCGAACAGUACAGAGAACUGAUCCCUAAACAAGUCGCCGAUCACAUCAAGGCCAUCACCGACGAAGAGAAAACGAUCUUAAAAGAGGUGUUGAAGGAUUACGCCAAAUAUAAAAAUGAAGAAGAGUUCUUGGCAGCUCUGAAAGAAAAAUCUGCUAGUCUUCACGAGAAGGCUAAGUCCUUCCACGACUUCAUAAAGGGCAAAGUCGAUGCUCUUGGGGAUGAACCAAAAGAAUUUGUGAAGAAGGUCAUUGCCGACGUACGUAAACUGCACGCACAACUCCUCGCUGGUGAAAAGCCGUCUCUUGAAGACUUGAAGAAAUGUGCGAAAAAGCAUAUGACCGAAUACGAGUCGUUGUCCGAUUCCGCAAAGGAGGAUUUCAAGAAGAAUUUCCCAAUCCUUACCUCUAUUUUCACUAACGAGAAGGCGAAAGCAAUGAUCGACAAGUACGUACAAAACUAG